GAGUACAUUUUUAACAUUUUUUUUUAAUUUUGGGAGACCUAUUAAUUUAACAAAAUAUUAUUUCAAUUAAAAAAAAUUAACAUUCCAAACUUAAUCUUCUCUCUCUGUUUUUAUUUCAGGUAUCAUGGAUCUUUCAGAUGCCCUUGACUUCCCACAGCCAAAUAACCAGCAGGCAGGAGGCCCCGUAUGGCCCGGCCAACCAGCCACCUGUCCUACUCAGCCUGCUAACCCCACCUGGCCUGGUCAGCCCGCUAACCCCACAUGGCCCGGUCAGCCAAACCAACCGGUCUGGCCAGGGCAACCAUACCAACCAGCAUGGCCUGGGCAGCCUCAGCAGCCUACAGCUCCUGGGUGGCCUGGACCUGCACCACAAACUGGUCCUUAUGGUGCUCCUGACCAAGCUCCAAGACCACUAACUGUGCCAUUUGACCUCCCACUACAAAGUGGAGCCUAUAACAAGAUGGUCAUUACCAUCGUUGGAGAGGUCAAACCCAAUGCUAAACACUUUACAGUUAAUUUAAACCGAGGGAAUGACAUUGCGUUCCAUCUAAACCCUCGCUUCAAUGAAGGCGGAAAGCAAGCGAUUGUGCGAAACAGCAUGAUUGGAAACAAGUGGGGAGGAGAAGAGCGUGAGCUCUCCUCCUUCCCUUUUGUCCUAGGAAAGCCUUUUGAGCUGAAGAUCUUGUGCACUGACACCGAAUACAAAGUGGCCGUGAACAAAUCGCACCUUCUGGAAUACAAACAUCGGAUCCGUGAGCUCAACCAGAUCAGAGGUCUUAGUGUCUAUAAUGAUGUUAUCCUCAACUCUGUCAACGUGGAGACACUGCAGUGAAAUCAUAAUCAUACUACAGAUUCUGUCAUAGUUGAAUCGUUUAACAAUAUGUGUGAUGAUCCAUUCAACCACAUGUGCAAAUUAUUUUACCUCCAGGAAUCAUCUUUUUUAAACACUGUGUGUGUCAGUAAGAGUUUAUAUUUGCUACAGAUGUUAGAGUGAUAUAUGGUAAGUUUGCAUGCAAAUCCCGUUUUUCUCAAUGCUGUAGUUAGCUUUGCUACCUCUAGGUGGGUCUGUUAGUAUCUGGGAAGGGUUGGACAUAUUUUAUGGAAAAUUAGCUAAAUUAGUUUUAUAUUGAUACAUGAGAUAUUGAUCACUUGCAAAGUCCAUUGCAUUUAUGAUGCUGCUGAGAAUAACGGUGGUGGUCAUAAUGAGGAAAAUCAAGAACUGAGCGUAAUUAAUGUGAAAUUAGAACUGGAAUAAAAUAGGAUUCUGUUAAAAUAGAUCACCUUCAACUGUAACCAGUGCCAAAGAUAGGUCUUUUUGGUUUAAUGAUCCCAUGAUUAAAGAAACAGCAACCGAUGUAAACACUGAGUGGUGUGCAUGUAAUUACAAUCCUCUGUGAGAUCUGUGUAUUAUACUUUUACUGCCAGCUCCUAAUAUAAAUAAAAUAACAGCAGCGUAAACUGAA